AUGUUAGUGAGAAAUGGCUUGAUCCUUGUCAGGUACCCAUCAGAUAGAGUUAUUCUACCUGCACUUGAGGCUUUAGGAAAUAUUGCUGCUGCUGGUGAGGCUCAUACACAGUUUCUGAUCGAUAAUCAAUUGCUCCCGUGUCUUCGCCAACUCCUUACGCGUGAAUACACAAAAACCAUAUUUAAAGAAGCUAGUUGGACAAUCGCAGUUAUCACAUCUUGGACUGGAGCUCAAGUACAGGCUGUGAUCGAUGCCAACAUUAUUCCUGCUCUUGUUAAAAUUGUCCAUAAUGCUGAGUUUGAGGUGAAGAAGGAGGCUGCCUGCGCGAUCUACAAUGUCACUUGUAUAGGAUCUGAAGACAAUAUCAGGUUCCUUGCGGCUGAGGGUUGUAUUGAGGCACUAUGUGAACUCUUGACCUGUCCAGAACCAAAGCUUUUGGGAAUUUGUCUGGGGUGCCUGGUGAUCAUUUUGGCAGUUGGAAAUGCUGACAAGGAUGAGAAAGGCAAUGUUUUUGCUCAAAGGCUUGAGGAAUGUGGAGGAUUGGACAAGGUUGAAACAUUGCAACUUCAUGAGAACAAUGACAUUCAUAAGAGAGCUCUGUGCAUUUCGGAUUUCUUUCGAGCAGAGAAUUAG